AGAGGUACUUCAGGCGAGGUGAUAUCAGGACUGGAAGUGAGUUUUCUUCUGAUUCUAGAGAGUUUAGCUGUUGCAUCUGCCACCCAGGAAAGACACCUGCUUUUAACCACUGAGAUCCAUAGUCACUGGAACAAGCAAUGGCUCCUCUGAGGUCUGGAGCACAGGGAUUGUCUCCUGUAACUCUGUGCUGUGUGACACUGGCUGUGUGGCUGUGUUGUGGAGCUCACACUGAGGCUUCUGUGCUCAACCUGAAGCGUUUCAUCGGCUGUGCAGUCCGAGAAUUUACCUUUCAGGCUCGUAAGCCGGGAUGCGGUGGGUUGCACAUCACCACUGAUGCCUGCUGGGGACGCUGUGAGACCUGGGAAAAGCCUGUUCUGGACCCGCCCUUCAUUGAGUCGCACCAGCGCGUGUGCACCUAUAACGAAACCCGAUUAGAGAUGGUGCAGCUGCCCAACUGCUCAGCAGACGUGGACCCAUCCUACACCUAUCCAGUGGCUCUCCGGUGUGACUGUGGGGUUUGUCUCACCAGCACCACUGAGUGCAUCACUUCAGUCUGAUAUACAGGAGAAACCAGCUUCCACUGUAGUUAUGGUAAUAACACCAAAGAGCAUGUGCACCACAGGAAAAAAAAUUAUAAAAAAUCAUGUCUGUGUACAUGUAGAAGAAAUUUUACCUUUAACUUCACUGUAUGUUACUUUCUCAUCAUCUUUGUAUUUUCCUCCUCCUUUUCCUCCUUUUUCCUGAAAAGAGCAAAACUGAAUAAAACUGCAAAUAUCA